AUGGGUUCCGAUCCUCAAUAUGCCAAAUACCCUGACCUCACGCUCUCGCAAGAUGUUUUCAACCUCGCCAACUCAGCAUGCCCUGCAGCUGUACGAGAAAGCUCCCUGAAACGCCUUCAAUCUGUCAUCGAAAAGAACCAUAUGGCCCCGUUAUAUCGACAUUUAGCUCACCCCGUCGAUGGCAUUUUCAAUUCAAGCGGCGAAACUUCGCCGCAGCACUCAACAAACCAGAACAAACAGCAAAUAGUGUGUGACAUGCUACCCCAUGCGCGCAAUAACGUGUCUGUUGGAUUUCCUUGGGACGAGAGAUUAUACGAAAAACUUCUGGCCGAAAACAAGAAGGAGCUUGAUGCUUUGCAGAAGGAGGAAGAUGACGCUGCCGAAGCCGCUGGAGACACCGAAGUCCAAGCCGCGCGAGGGAAGCGCGCAGAAUUUUGGGCUCGAGUUGGCGAUAAGGAGAAAGCCAUCACCGCUUAUGAGGCCGUUUUCGAAAAUACCGGCGUAUUAGGAACGAAAAUCGAUAUCGUUUUAGCGAUGAUACGAAUUGGGCUAUUCUUUGGGGAUAAAAUAUUUGUCAAGAAGCACAUUGAAAGAGCGAAUUCGCUUGUCGAAGGCGGCGGUGAUUGGGAUCGAAGAAAUCGUUUGAAGGCUUAUAAAGGCCUCCAUUUACUCACAACUCGCAGCUACAAACUGGCAGCCCCUCUCUUGCUCGAUAGCUUGUCUACUUUUACCAGCUACGAAUUAUGCAGCUACUCGUCCUUAGUUAUAUACGCCGUUAUUGCGGGAUCGCUAUCGUUGAAAAGAGUUGAUUUUAAAGCGAAGGUUGUUGACGCCCCAGAGAUAAAGGCAAUUCUAGGUGAGGGAGAAGAGAGAUUGUCUGCACUUUCCGGAGCCAUAUCCUCUGGUCCCGGCGCUGGAGAUGAAGAGAUGAAGGAUAUAUCUACCGGAGCUUCAGGCCAAACAGCGACAGUUGUCAACCUUACCACUUUAGGCACUGGAACUGGGAUUGAGACAGAGAAUGAGGUACCAGUUGAUUUUUCUCCUCUUGCAAACCUUGUUAGCAGCCUUUACAGUGGAAUUUACCGCACGUUUUUCACGGCACUUGCAGCAGUGGAGGACAACUUUGUGACACAGGAUCGAUAUCUACAUGAGCAUAGAUCGCGGUUUGUUAGGGAGAUGCGGCUGCGAGGGUAUCAACAGCUCUUGCAGAGCUACCGCAUCGUGGGCCUUGCCAGCAUGGCCAAGGAAUUUGGUGUGACCGUUGAUUUCCUUGAUAAGGAUCUUGCCAAAUUCAUUGCUGGUGACAGAAUAUCCUGCACGAUUGACAGAGUGAAUGGUGUAAUCGAGACGAACCGCCCAGAUGACAAGAACAAGCAGUACGCCGAUGUGGUCAAACAAGGCGAUGCACUGAUCACGAAACUUCAGAAAUACGGCCAGGCUGUGAGACUACGGGGCAAUACCGCUCGAUCCACCCCUCUCGAUGCUCGUGCGCUGCGCAACUACUCGCAUGGCAAGACCAGCUCUCCCCCAGCCGGUCGUCUACACAAGGGCAACAUCAACCCCAAUGUUCUAGCCGCUCAAUACGCGGUUCGCGGCGAACUUGCCGUCAAAGCGGAAGAGUAUCGAGUCAAAUUGGAACAAGGAGCUCAGCUACCAUUCGACAAUGUUAUUUUUGCCAAUAUCGGUAACCCACAGCAAUUGGAUCAGAAACCUAUUACCUUCUUCCGACAAGUUCUGAGUAUUCUCGAAUACCCCGACUUGCUACGGAAGGAAGACAUUCUGAGAUCAGCACUUGGGUUCAAGCAGGAUGCCAUUGAUCGCGCCAGACAUCUACUGAAGGAUGUACGCAGCAUUGGCGCCUACACUCAGAGCCAAGGCUCCCCGGCCGUACGGCAAAGCAUCUCUGCUUUUAUUGAGAAACGCGAUGGCUUCCCUGCAGACCCAUCUCACAUCUAUCUAUCUGCUGGAGCUUCUUCAGGAGUAAAUACACUUCUCAGUAUUCUUUGUGCUGAUCGCAACAGUGGUGUCCUAGUUCCCAUUCCUCAGUACCCUCUAUACACAGCUACUCUGUCUUUGCUCAACGCAAGAUGUGUCCCUUACUACUUAGAUGAGGGGAAAGGCUGGGGUUUGGAUGUGGAUGGUAUUAGAGCCUCUGUGGCUAAAGCCAAAGCAGAAGGCACUGAUGUCCGUGCUAUUGUUAUAAUCAACCCAGGAAACCCUACGGGAGCUUGCCUUGGUGCAGACGUCAUCAAACAGGUGAUUGACCUGGCUGUUGAAGAGAAGCUCGUCAUCAUGGCCGACGAAGUCUAUCAGACCAACGUGUUCCAAGGAGACUUUGUCUCCUUCAAAAAGCGGCUCCGGCAGCUGCAACGGGAGUCGGAACGGUACAGCCACGUGGAACUGGCUUCCCUGCACAGCGUAUCCAAGGGCAUGGUCGGCGAAUGCGGCCACCGCGGCGGCUACUUUGAGCUUGUUGGCUUCCAUGCCGACGUCGAAGAGCAGAUCUACAAAUUCAUCAGUGUGAUGCUGUGUCCGCCCGUCAUUGGGCAGUGCCUUGUGGAACUCAUGGUCAAUCCGCCGAAGACCGGAGACCCAAGCUAUGAGGUGUACCAGAAGGAGUACAAUGCCAUCUCGGUAGGCUUGCGCCAGCGUGCCUUUGCCCUGUACGAGGCCUUCAAGUUGAUGGAAGGCGUUGAGUGCCAAGAGCCACAGGUAUGGCCAUCCACUGUUGUCUUCGAAUUAUUUUUGCUGACUGUGUCCCAGGGCUCGAUGUAUCUGUUUCCAUCUAUCACGCUGCCGCCCAAGGCAUUGGCGGCGGCUAAAGCUGCCAAUCGCCAGGCCGACGAGUUCUAUGCUCUCAGGCUCCUUGAUGCUACUGGCGUCUGCAUUGUUCCGGGCUCCGGGUUCGGGCAGAAACCCGGGACAUUUCAUUUCCGUACAACGUUCCUGGCUCCUGGCACUGAGUGGGUGAGCCGAAUUGUGGAUUUUCACAAAGGAUUCAUGGAUGAAUUCCGGUGA